CAGAGCUGUAUUGCAGGCAUGCGCACUGGGCGUCCCAGUGCCACCGCCCAUCAGCUGAGAAUCGUAGCUGGGGUCUCUGGGGCCCGUGGGUGCCGCGGCCAGAGGAGGAGGAGGAAGCCGAGGAGGUUGGGGUGACUGCUUAGAAAACUGCCCAGCCCGCCAGCGUCUGAUGAAAUUAGUGAAUAAGCAAAUCAGCUAUGUCUUACACUCCGGGAGUUGGCAGUGACCCUGCUCUACUGGCCCAGCGUAUCUCUUCUAACAUCCAGAAGAUCACACAAUGUUCUGUGGAAAUACAGAGGAGUCUGAAUCAGCUUGGAACGCCUCAAGAUUCACCUGAACUGAGGCAACAGCUGCAACAGAAGCAGCAGUAUACUAACCAACUUGCCAAAGAAACGGAUAAGUACAUUAAAGAGUUUGGAUCUCUGCCCACCACCCCCAGUGAACAGCGUCAAAGGAAAAUACAGAAGGAUCGCUUAGUGGCUGAAUUCACAACAUCACUGACAAACUUUCAAAAGGUCCAGAGGCAAGCUGCAGAGAAAGAGAAAGAGUUUGUUGCUCGAGUAAGAGCCAGUUCCAGAGUCUCUGGUGGUUUUCCUGAGGACAGCUCAAAGGAAAGGAAUCUUGUGUCCUGGGAAAGCCAAGCCCAACCGCAGGUGCAAGUGCAGGAUGAAGAAAUCACAGAGGACGACCUCCGCCUCAUUCAGGAGAGAGAGUCUUCUAUUAGGCAACUUGAAGCUGAUAUUAUGGAUAUCAAUGAAAUAUUUAAAGAUUUGGGAAUGAUGAUCCAUGAACAAGGAGAUGUGAUAGCGCAAAUCCAGAAAAACCCUGUGCAUCAUCAUUUUUAUCAUUGUCAUCGGAGUUGUAAUUCUUGGGCUCAUCAUAUGGAAAGUGAAAGGCUAAAUUAUGAAGGAGCGCACUAUUGCACUACAUUCUCUAAAUUAUGUAGGAGGAUUCCUGUAAUCAUGGAUUGGUUUUUUUUUUAUUAUUAUUAUUAUUAUUUUAAAGGUACUCCAUAAAGGAUGGCUCCCAUACUUUGUUAUUUUCAUUUGGUGGGGAAGUUUCCUUUGGAUCCAAUCUGAUACAUUCUAACACUGAAAGUUUUUCUCGGUAUGACUGCUGGCAUUACUUCCAUGCUUUUCAAUCUAAUAACUGUGAGGUUUGUCCACGUUGUAUAUGCCUUUCAUGUGUAAUUUAUUUACCUGUUAACUUGGCUCUUGGAAUUAGUAAACAUAAAGGUGUGCGUGUGUUCCGUGUGCAUCUGUCUCUCACAGAGUGAUGUGCACCCAGAUUUGUGUUCCUUCAGUUAAAACUCUCAAAUUUAAUUUUGAUUUGGGUCAGCAGAGGAAACAUUCUCAAUAACUUAAAAAAAAAUUAUCAUACCUGUUUGUGAUGUUUUGGGGUUUGUUUUUUUUUUUUUUCCUGGUUCAGAGCAGCACAAAUAUCUAUUUAAUCUUCCUUGUUCGUUUUCUCUUAAGACCCUUGUUUACUCUAAAUAAAAUCAGAGAAUAAUUUCCUAGAGUAUCUCAUACUCCCGAUGUGUAUAUAUUAAGCAUUUGCUGUAGAUUGCCUAGUAAAAUACUAAGGAUAGAUUGUUUUUACAUAGGCCCUGUUUAAGUCUGAUGUUUGCUGGGGUAUUUAUAGUCACUAUAAAUGUUUAAUGUAAUUUGAAGGAAGAGUAUGAAAAAUCAGUACCUAUCGCGUUAUAAAUCUGAAGAUCCCAACUUCUUAUUCUGCCAUGUACUUCCACAGCUAUUACUGUGGAAUUAAUUACCUUCCCUUAAGUCCUUUAGAAUAAUGGCUAUGUGUGUAUCCUUGGGUCAGAAUUACUUUGGGGGAGCAACUUUACCAGAAUUACUGUUUUUGAGCACUAACACUUAAAAUUUAAUGUUUACCUUGCAUACCAUUUUGUACCACCCUUCAUUAGAAAACAAUUUGGAUGUUUGUCAAUUAACUCACUUGCUUUUUUAAAUCAAUGUUGUUUUAAUGCACUAAUCUCAAUACUGUAAAGAGGAUUAUCUUAGUUUAUAGUUUGUAUUUUAUAAUGUUCUUACAUAGCAGUUUGAUCGUGAAGUCAGUGUUUUACAUGGCAAAGCUAUGAGACUUCAAAUGGGAACAAAUAAAAUAUUAAGUAAAUUGUAUCUUUGCAACCAAAAUAAAGAUGAUUUUAAAAGUGUCUGGAUCGUUCCGUUUCAUGAGGACUCUGCUUCUGCAGGACCAACACUUGACAUAAUCACACAGCAGCCCUUCUGUCUUUCUGGAGUACUGGUUUAUUCAGUGUUUUAUUUUGGCAAUCUUAGAAAGUUCUGCUGCUAGCAGAAGCUGUCUUGCAUGUCAGCAAAACGCCAUAUUUUUUUUUUCCACAAGAGACUGUAGAGCAUGAUCUUGCGAGUGAGUGAUUGGGAACUUUGAGACUUGGUGUUUACCAUCAGUUUGCUUUAGUGAACGGGUCGGGCCAGGCGGGGAAAGGAAAUUAUACGAAUACUACCUGUGCUGAGGUCAGUGCAAGCCCAUCGGGGCCUGCUUGAACGUGUUCUUUCUCUAAGACCACAGAGAAGCGUGUGAUAAACCAGUGUCUAUGGCUGCAUAAAACUCCCAAGCUCCCACACAUCAGUUCAAUUUUUUGCCACGGUCGUACUUGAUAAAAUGUUUAUUCUCAUAUAGGCAAAUGCACUUACUCUAUUCACUUCAUGAUGAGUUCCCAGGAAUAGAAAAGCACUUAAUUCUUUUGUGCACAAUUUUAGCACCUUCAUUUAAAGUGUAAUAUUUUAUAAAUUAUUUUACCUGGGACACAGAUCAGUCAUUAAAAACAGGAACUUGAGUGGCUUGCAUUCUUUUAAGAAACAUUGAUUUUUGAGGGAAAAUUUUACCCCAAAAUAUUUGAAACACAGUAGUCUUGAUUUGAAAAAAAAUAAAAGGAAAAACAUAGCACAAUAGCCAAGGUUUUCAAGUUCUCGAAGUUUUCCUUUAGGUUAGUCGUAGAAUCGGUUUGAAAGGUGACGCUCACACUAUGGAAAAUAACAUUGAAGUUGUUUUUAUGACGGUCGGCAAACUCGAGGCAGUCCAGUGGAGUCGCAGACUGAAGCAGUUUCGUCAUCAGGUGACUCACGUUCAUUUUAGUGUGCUCCAAAGACAUUCUCGAACAGCUCGGAUUGAGAUCAGCCAGCCUCUGUGCAGAAAUCGAAUGACGGUGUGGCAUGAAGUGUUUGACUCUUGUACUGCUCACUAGAUGUGGAAGUGUUUUGGUUUUGCACGAUUGAUAGUAAAAAAAAAAAAAAUACAGGUGCCAUUUCAACAGAAGGCAGCUUGUUUGUUAGUAGGCAUGGGAUCAGUUCUAGAAAAAUGUAUGUGUGGGCACAGGUGGAGCGGAUCUAGGCCAGCAAACAAGGAAGGCAGCAGCUGGAGUCAGGCAUCCAAGCGCUGCACGGCCAGCAGCAUCCGAAUCGUUGUCUGACUGCACCGCGUCUUCGAAGAAUUUGCCACCGACUCCUUCACUGUCGUCACUGCUUUAAAAAAAAAAAAGUAACAUUUUGUACACACAGAAGAACAGUGUUUUGAAUAUCAAUGUUUUCCAACAAAUUUCUAAUGAAAAAUGAUUUUUGAAGAUUUUUGUUCCACAAAAUUAGUCUGUGCUUUAGCAAGGAAAGUGCUGGAAUAGCGUUUCUAGUUCGUGUAAUUUUUCUUCGUGUAGAAAACAAGAACAUAAUAAAAGUUAAAAACUGUCUACAGAAAAAAGUCCUUGUCCACCUUAAUGGCCCAGAACAAUUUACGAGGGUAUAGUAUUCAGCAUUUAUGUUUUUAAAGUCAGAGUUGACUACUGUUUACACAUGAUGACUAGGUUGCUGGAAUAAAAAUAAAUGAGUUAAAA